UUGAGCACCGGUAAAGUAGAGGGAUUCUACGUCUUCCGUGAGCCAGAGCCCUAGGUGGCGAGGGGCCACCCGCAACUCCUGAAGAGACCCUUCAGGGCCUCCGUGGGGAUCCCCCCCAAAACCCCAACUUUGGGCAGCUGCACUCGUGUGUUCUUUUGGCAGUAACCGAGACUGGCUAUGACUUGGGCCCAGUCAUGGCCCAGCGGGCGAUUUGGCUGGUGAGCCACGAACCAGGAACCCCGCAUGGCGGGACCGUGAGAUUCUCCAGAAGGUAUCCCACUGUUGAAAAACGAGCUAAAACAUUCAACGGAUCAAGUUAUGUGCCUGUACCAGAAGAUGAGCCCUUCUGUAAAGCUCUGCUUUUUGAACUCAGGUUAUUGGACGAUGAUAAGGAUUUUGUGGAGAGCCGUGAUAGCUGUUCACGAAUCAGCAAAGCUUCAGUCUAUGGACUUCCCAUAGAAGGAAGAGAACUAUGGCCUGUUCUUGCCCUUCAAAAAAAUGGCUUGAUUUAUGUUAGUGUUCCACUUGUUGAGCAAGCUUUGUCUACUCAUCCACCACUCAUUAGCAUUAGUGGAAUCUCACAAGCCUUCGAUCUACUUUUUGGGAUGAUUGAUUUUUUUGAUUCAGGGCCCAAGACUGAAGCUGAUCUGAGUACCAAAGUGAGCCAACUACCUGAUCUGCUCUUACAUGUUUGUCCAUUUGGCACUUUGUUGGAUGCCAAUUUUUUAUUAGAUAAUUUUAGUAAUCUUUCAGUAAAUCAAAUCCCCAAACAACCAGCAUGGAAAGCUGGUAGUUACAAAGGAAAACCACAAGUUACUGUUUCUAUCACCGAAAAAGUUAAAUCCAUGCAAUAUGAUAAGCGGGAUGUAGCAGAUAUGUGGCAAGUCUAUGGAACUAUAACCUGUAAGUGUGAUUUGGAAGGAGUCAUGCCAAAUGUUACGGUCAGUUUGAAUCUCCCCACCAAUGGAUCUCCACUUCAAGAUAUUCUGGUGCAUCCUUGUGUGACUUCCCUUGAUUCUGCUGUUCUUACUUCCAGCAGCGUUGAUAUAAUGGAUGAUUCUGCAUUUAGUGGGCCUUACAAAUUUCCAUUCACUCCUCCUUUAGAGUCAUUCCACUUAUGCUACUAUACAUCUCAGGUUCCUGUCCCACCAAUUUUGGGAUUUUAUCAACUGAAGGAAGAAGAUUCACAAUUAAAAAUAACCAUCCAUUUAAAACUUCAUGAAAGUGUGAAAAAUUGCUUUGAGUACUGUGAAGCUCAUAUACCUUUUUAUAACAGAGGUCCAAUCACCCAUUUGGAAUACAAGGCCAGUUUUGGCCAGGUAGAAGUAUUACGAGAGAAAAGCCUAUUAGUCUGGAUUAUAGGGCAAAAGUUCCCCAAAUCACUGGAAAUUAGUCUUUCUGGAACAGUAAAUUUUAAUGCUAUGGGUCAUCAAAAGCAACCAGUUGAUACUAUUUGCAUUGGAGGUACAACAUAUGUAAAACUUUAUUUUAGGAUUCCAGAUUACACACUCACUGGGUGUUAUGCAGAUCAGCAUUCAGUUCAAGUGUUUGCAUCAGGAAAACCUAAAAUAACUACAUGCCGGGAGUUGAUUUCAUCUGAUUACUACAUCUGGAAUUCCAAAGCCCCUGCACCAGUAGCAUAUAGAUCAUUAUUUCUAUAACUUUCUGAUAUUUAAAAAAAGAGGAAAAUUUAAAUGAUAUUAACAUAGUUAAAAUAAAAUUACUGUCAUUUACUUUUUAAUAUGUACAUUUCUCCCCAAUGGAAAUGAAUCAUGGAUAGAUUUCUUUUUUUAAAUGGCAAUGUGUUUAGUCUUAAGUCUUGUAAAAGAAAACAUUUUAAAAGCUGAUUUUCUACUCUGUUGCCUUUUUCCUUGCACAAGCUAAAAUCCACAAUGGAAAAGAAUAUGGUUUAAUGGAAAGGGCCUAGGAUUUGAAGCCAGAAAACUAGGGCACAAAUUCCAAUACUUCUAUUUAAGCAAGUUUUCUAGGCCUCAGUUUUUUCUCCUUUGUAAAAUGAGGAAUUUGAACUUUAGAGGCUAUAAUAGUGAUUUUUUAAGACUGAAUACACAGUACCUUGCACAGGAUGAGCCUCUCAGUAAAUGUUAGCUGAAGUUAAUAGUAGCUACAUCAAGAACAAUGGCUCCCUUGGAAAUGUAGUCAUAAAAGGACAGAAUUGUUUUAAUGUGAAAUUGUUGAUAUCAGUCAAAACUUUCCUACUUAUAUGAAACUGCAUAAUCCAAUUAAAGAUGUUUAUCUUUGUUUUCUAUGACUACUCAUCCAUUUUUGCUGAAGUUUUUCUUUAGAAUGACAUUGAGUCUAUUAAAGGGCAAUAAAAGCCCACCUUUUAAGAAGGGCUUGAUAAUCUGCUGCUUUUGUCUUAUUUUUUAAAAGAUAAAUUUGAAUGUAUGUCUUUUUUCUUUUCUUUUUUUUUUCUAACUACCUUCAAGGAUUCAGUUAUAAAUGCAUUCAUAUGAAAAAAUUAAAACCAUACUUGGUAUAGAAAGUAUUUUUUAACAUUUCAAUUACAUACAGCAUAUUGUUUUUAUUUCUUUUUCUCUGAUUUCCAUGUCUUUCAGAAUCCAUUCAUUCUUGCUUCUUACUUUAAAUUGAAAUCUCUUAAGUCUAAGUAUUUUUACAUGUUUGUCUUUUCAAAACUUAAAUGUCAGAAAUAAUAUGAUUUUUGUUUUACAAAAUAAAUACUGAUGUCAAAUAUAUUGAUACUUUGGUUUUUGAAAAUUCUGAUGAGAAAAAAAUAUUGCAUAAAUCUACUAGCUCUUUCAAAGAAGAGCAAUGGCUUAAGGGUAACCUGGAACAUUAGGACAUGAAAUAACCACUUCAUUAUUGUCAAUAAUUCUAUGCUAUUAUUAAAAUGCAACAUUUUCCAUCCAAUAAGUUUGAACUUUUUUACAUUGUAGGAGGAUAUCAUUGUUUAGAUAAUCUGCAAAGUAACAUUAGCUGAGUGUCACCAUCAAAAAUUAAACCAUCUGGAAGAUUACUGGUUUUUACCUAAUUUUGUAUUAGUUUAGCAAAGUACUAUGAGUUAUGUAUGAGAUUCAUAUUGGUUAGCAGGAAAUUUUUAUGCAAUCAAUCUCUUUUUAGAAAACUUUAAAUAAAAACCAUAAUUAUCUGGUUUGAAACCAAUUCUAGAGACCUGAAGGAAAUAAAAAGAAUAAGAAAUAAUGUGAGGAAGGAAAUGUGAUACCAUCAAUUAUCUUUCAGAACAUUACAGAACUAAAACCAGUUCCUAUUUUCAUUCCAUUGAGAUCAGCUGAGUUCACUGUGAUACGUUUGAUUUUGUCUAGAAACUUGUCACUUCAGGAUAAUUUCUGAAGACAAAGUCUAUUUCCCAUUUUGUAGGUAACCUGUUUAAUGUUUUCCCUGUGUCUGGGAACUCCUUAGUGUAAUUAGCGACCUUUGAACUCCACAACUAAUCCUGAGCUAUUUUGUAUUCCUUACUCAUCUUUAAGGCUGGACCUUUCUUUUCUUUAGAGUCCCUUCCACAAUUAAAGAAGAAACAGCUGCAUUUCAAAGGGAUUCCGAUUCUAGAAGCUUAAUCGUGAUUGACAUGUUCUUAUUCUAAGCUAUAAGACGCUCUAAGAGUCCUUUCUUGGGUUAAAACUUCAAUCAUUUUCUAAAAAAUUAUCUCAAUAUGGGUUUUAUUCAUUUUCUUUGAUAACCAUUCUCUGCAUUUUUUUUUUUAACUUGAAAGAUGCUUUGGAUUUCCAAUGAAUACAAGUUCAAUGAAAGACUGAAUCAUAUUGGACCCAGUCUAGAUGCAAAAGUAACUAAAUUACUUUGUGUCAAAAUAUGAUUAUGAAAUCUGAUGUCUGCUAUAUAGUUAGCUUUUUCAGGAUGCCUAACAGGUAAGGAAAGUAUAAAACUUUGAGAAAGUGACCAUUAGAAAAAAUAUAUUUAUGACACUGAUAGUUUAACUUGUUUUUUUAAUCUCAAAAAAAAAUUUUUUUUAUGCUUUAACCUUGGGCUAAUGAUUGUAUCAACUCAAGCAUCUUUUGGUUUUUCAGUAUCUGAUGUAAAUGUCUUCUUCACCUGUUGUAAACAGCAUUAUUAGAGAGUCUUGUGAGAAUUAUUUCUAGCCCUUCUUAGAGAUGCCACAUAGCUUUAAAAUUUCAAACCCAUUUAUAAUGGUUGUGGUUUCUUAUGUUAUCAAGUAAUAUUAAAAUUUCAAAGCAAAGUUUAUAACUUCUAUUUUUUUUUUUAAAUUAAAGACUUCAAAGCACUUUACAGAUAUCCAUACAACCUCACCUUUUAGGGGGAAGGUAGAUAAGUAGAAUGAUCAUAAAGAGUUGCAGAGACUGCUGCCAGAACACAACAGUUGUUUCUAAGACAAAGGUCAAAAAGGGGGUGUUAAUAAACAGUCCUCAGGUUUAAGGGACUUUUUUAAGGAUUACAUCUUAAAUUCCAACAAAUCAGAUUUAGGAGUUACUACUGAAAGUGAAAUUGAUCCAUCCCUCAUCCAAACUUUGCAAUACUUUCCUGUUCUGACAUCAUUUAGAUAGUUAGCUGUAUUAUCAGAUUAGAAACCAUUGUACAGGGUUGCUGAAAGGAAAAGGAGGCAAAAAGCUAAACAUGGGAUGAAUUCUGAACCUUUUAACCUGGCUGAAGUACGUGGUCCCUGUUAUGCAAAUACCUUCAAUCCUCUGCUAAGUUCAGUGGAAAUAAUUUUCUUGAAUGACAGGUUUAUUCAGCAAGGAUUCAGUUGGUGAUUAAUCCCCCUUUGAUCUAGGGUAUUUCACUUAACUACCAGUUACCUCAUUCUGACAAAGUGCAACUGAGAUUAGGGAGAUCACUAGAACACUACCAGGGUGUGCGUUUAUUCUUCAUAACCUUUUAAAGCAAGGGCCAAGAAUGCAAUUUAUUUUCCGUAUUUGAAGUUGUAAAGUCCUGUCUACUAAGUUGGAAAGUCAAUUGAAUACCAAAUGAAGUUUAUUUCUUACUCAAUGGAAUAAAUAUUUUCUUUGCUGGAA